AUGAUUAAUAGUUCGUUUCCGGAAAGUAUAAUUUUCCGGAAAGUUUACUUAAUUUUUAUAUUAUUAUAUUCCGGAAAGUUUAUUUACUAUUCUUUGCGUAGUUUGUUAACUUCCCAUGUUCUCGCCAACAAACGCGUCAAGUUGUAUAAUGUUUUUGGUGAGGAAGGAGAUGAUAUAAAAUACAAUUUUGAUCAAGUUUUGCCUGGCGAUUCGUUGGAAUUAAGUAUAAAAAAGGAAAUAGGAGGAGUUAAAGUAGUCGAUUUGGAUUUAAAAAAGAAAAGCAAAACGUCAUCAGGGACUCAGCAUAAGAAAAAAGACGAUAUUAUUAAUGAAAAGAAUGAUCAGAUUAAAGAAAAAAAUAGACAAAUUCGAACUUUGCGCGGAAGAAUUACCCAACUUGAACAAGAUAAAAAUGCUUUAAAAGAUGAUAAUAAGUAUUUAACUCAACAAAAUAAGUAUCUUACUGAUUGCCUCUUAAAGUCUUUGCCUAAUAAUCAGCAACAACCGAUUAUGGAUAAUAAUUAUUAUUCUGGUGGGGGUAAUAGUGGUAGUUCGUUUUCAAAUAAUCAACAACGACCGAAUAUGAAUAAUAAUAAUAAUUAUUAUUAUUAUAAUGGUGGGGGUGGUGGUUUUUCUCAAGUUUGGAUUUUUUCUAAUAUCAUGAGAGCUCUGAUGAAUAGUGUGGCUUUUGCGUCCUUCCUUAUUUAUCUGAAACUGUCUUUACCAUCCAAUCACUUAAUAUUAGAAGAAAAACGGAUUUUUAAACCUCAUAUUCUUUAG